GGCUGAGCUGUGUCGCACGUAGCUCUUAUCUGAUCGACGGCUGCGCUCGGAUUUAUCACACAGUUCCUAAAAUGGUCCGACCACAUUUUGGACCACCACGCAUUAAGCCCAGACCAUACGGUGAUGGUCAUGGAAUGGGGCAGAAUGAAGGGAACUAUAACCCCAAAAAUCGAAGAGAUGCCCCAGGUUACACAGUAAAGACCCCCUUUAACUGGAAAGAUUCCAGAGGUAGAGGACGACCCCCAGUUGUCAGGAGAGUCCCCCUGAUGGGUGAGCAAAGGGAGCCACGUUUCAAUAACAUGAGGUCCCCGAAUCAGGAUUCCUUUCAAUCAUACUCACCCAAAAUGGAACCGCAUCAUAGCCAGAGGAGGCCUUUUGUGGCAUCUAGGCCAAAUCGACCCCCUCAUGGUCAGCAUCCUUCAUCCUCUCGCAGUCCUGCACAAGGAUCCCCAGGUCAGAGGGGCCCACCUUUCCAUGGCCAACCCUCAGGGCACAGGUCACCUUCCCCGAGACAUUUCCGUAACCACCCAGCUGACCGGAGGCCAGGCUCCUCACAAGCCUUUCAGGGGUCUUUCAGGGGCCACAAAAGGCAGCCAGGUUUUUCCCAUCAGGAGCAGCGGAGUCGAGAUCCUCGUGGGAAUUUCAGCCCCAGAGAAAGGCCCUAUGAGCUGCACUCGGGUCAUGGCAUGAAGCGCUGGAACGAGGCCGGGGCGUUCUCUCAUCCACACAAUGGAGAGCACAGGCCCUCUGGGUCACAGAGGAGCCCCAGAGAGAUGCAUGGGAGAGGCCCGUGUCCAGAGAGGUGGUCAUCUGAGCAAGACUCCAGGCGGCAGCGUGGUCCAGUGGAGAGGCAGGGCAGCAGAUCCCACAGUAGAGAGAGAGCACAAGACGUCCCUCACCAGCUCCCUUUCAGACCCCCCUCAUGGAAAGGAGGUCCACCACAGUCGUCAUCCUACCACAGGAACCCUCAGGAAAGGCAGGGGCCUGGACCCCGCAAGAGGAGGAUAUCUGAUGUUGGCAUGCCCCCCGCAGACGCUGCACCAGAUCACGGCAAUCAUAAACAUCCCAGGAGAGAGCGACCUCAGUUUUUCAGUUUUCCCAGGCCAUUUACUGGUAAACCGUUUGGUGAUAAAAGUUACCACGGUAGAGGCAGACAAGUCAAAGCAGAGUCUCUUAUGGGACUCAGACUCCCCCCAUCAGUGAAUCCUAGGCCCCACAUGGGCGACUACACCCCACAGGGAAAUUUCAGCUCUGUUUUUGCUACCAGAAAGAGACGUUUCCAGUCUAAUCCAGUUCCCCUGAGAAAGGUGGAACCAAGGAGGCCAUCACCACAACAUUCACCCCCCAGAGAAGAUGGCAAUGGCAGCAAGUCUUCAAGAGACUCGGACACAGACAAAGAACAGGUGGAAUCUCGCCGGCCCCUGAAAACACGCAGGUCUUCUCCCAUAGAGAAACGCGACCUUGUUGUUUUGUCCCACUGGCCUCCGGGGCCAAGCUCCUCUAAGGACGGCUCACCUCCCAAAGAUCACAGCUCAAAGUCAGAUAGUGAACAAAGCUCAGAUGAAGAAGACUCAUCGGACAGCCGACACUCAAGGACGAAUAAUUCCAGAUCGUCGCCUGAAGAGAAAAAACGGGGACAUGUGGAUAGGAAGAUGUUCAGGCCGUUUAAUGUGAUGGUGGACAGCAACAGAUCUGGGAGGCCCUUCAGAAAGCCAGGACCACCACCCUUUCAGAGGCCGAAGUUCACUGGUGGUCCAAGGAACCCAGGUCCUGAAAUGUCUGGAAAUGUAAGAAGACCACUCAUGGAGAGCUUGGUGCCACGUCCUUUCCUAAAUCAGAGACCCGUGUUUAGAAAAAGUUACAACAUCAUGUCUAAGUACCGCAACAUGAGAGUGAUGCGUCAACGUGUGCCGUACAACAGAGGGCCCAACCAACAACGCUGGUGACAACAUCCGCACUGUCUGCAGACGUGACACUGGAAAACGGAUAUGGUUGAGAUUUCUUCUGCAGGGUGGACUGCACAAACCCUUCUCUCAGUACAAUCCCAACCUGCCUGUAUAUUAUGAAGAGCUGUUGCUUACACUUGUCCUCUGGUUCUAGUGUUUCAGUUGCCUCUAUGAAGUACUGCAGUACUUUGUUUUAGAAGAUUUGUAACAUAUAUGGCAUUAUAUUAAUCGCUUUUUUCCUGAUGUAUUUUUGGAUUUGGGAAUUGCUGCUAGUGAUCUCCGCGGUCUUUAUUUUACACAGUAUUAGCAUUUUCCCAUCUGUUUGUUUUCCAGUCCAGCAACAUUUGAGUCCAAUUCAAUAAUAAUUUUAAUUGAACAACUCACCUUCAGCAUUUUUAAAGACCUAUCACGUGAGGUGUCUUAUUUUAUCACUCAUCAGUGUUUCUUCGAAAUCUUGGCCCUUCAACUGACACUUGGCUACUUCUUGUACAACUUGUAUAAUCACAUGUCCAGUUUAUUGUUUGAGACUUGAAGUAAAAAUCUGUUUAACAA